AUGUAUCAUCUGAAUGCGCCUGAUUCAUUUGUCAAAAGAUCUUUAUUCAAAAACAACACAUGUAAAACUGGCUCAUUUUGGGGUCUUCUUUCAUCAGAUGGCUCAUCAAAAGUUACUGUUUCAGAAUGUAUUUUCUUAGAAAACAAAGCAGAUCAUACUUUAGCAUCAACUUAUGGUGGUACUUUAACAGCUAUAAAUUGCACGGGAGAUUUAUCUGUAAGUAGUGAAAAUGGUAUUGUUAAAACAAAUGAAAUGACAACAAGUUCUUUUAAUUUGACACUUUCAUUACUUUCAUUAGGAAAAUGUGAAGCAGAAUUUCCAUUUUCAUUUGACUUUAUUUUAUUUGGAAGUAAAAAGAAGAAAAAACUUGUUAUUGAUGAUCUUCUUUCAUUUAAUUUUUCUCUUGAAUGUUUAUUUAAUUUAACUAGCACAUAA